CAAAUCCGACUUCACUUCGAGUCCAACAACCGCGCGGCCGGUCACUGUUUACCAUCAGCACCGCCAGUACUGCCAUGUAAAUCCCACGACGAUUUACCGUUGCCUCUCGUACCCGUUCCCAUUUUUCAUCAAUUCCGUCACAGUUUAUUCUUUAUUUUUCUCUAGUUUCGUUAGUACUACCUCGGAAAGAAGUGACAAUAUCAAAAUCAAGCGCUUUUAAGCGCCCCAGUUUUGUAUAGAACUCAAGAAAAAGACAAAAAUAUGAGGAUUCUUCGAGUGUUUUGGUUGGUGGUGUUUUGUGUUGGUGGGGGGUGUGUAGUGGCCUUGGAAAGUACCUGUAUGGACGGGGAUAGUACUCGGUGCAGGAACGAAAACGAUGAGUUGCAAGUAGUCGCACUGCACGAAUCUGAGCCAGUAGAAAAACCCAAAGUAUUCAGCAUGAUAACGGAAGACAAGGAUGAGGCAGACAGUAUCACUCAAACCACGAUAGAUUCAACAACAAUUUUACCAACAACAACUACAAACAGGACCCUAUCAUCUACAACUCCACAAAUUACACCGAGCAAUACCACACUUGAACCCAAAGGUAGAGCCUUGAAUUUCACUAUCGAUGAAAACCAUAACAAACUAUCCAAUUCCUCCAACGACGAAUUUGACCUUAGUGACGUCACCAUUACUGAUGAUGACGAGGAACCGACGAGUCGACUGGACGAAAUGCUGCAUCCUAGAAUUUUAACUCCGAGCAAAGAAAUUCAUGCAUUGCAAAAUGUCUCAACAGGCUUCUGUCAAAAAGGUGGUCUAACCUACGAAAACGGUGAAAAGCUAGAGAUCAACUGCGACUCAAUUUGCACGUGCAAAAAUGGCAAAAUGGACUGCGAAGAUAGGUGCACGGGACCGUUCUUCAGACGCGGAAAGAAGAUUGAAGAUCCCCUGUGUUCUGCAAAGGACGCAGAAGAUCCCUGCUGUGCAGUAAUGCUUUGCGCAGGAGAUACAGAAACUGAACCUUUGGAGAUGUGCACGUACGAGAACAAAACCUACAACAGAGGAGACAUAUUUCACAAGAACUGCUCUGAGGUGUGCACUUGUGAAAUAGCAGGAAAGAUACACUGUAAACCUAGGUGUCCUGUAACUCACAAAACUUCAGAAAGCUGUGUGGAAAUUCCCGAUUCUCAGGAUCCCUGCUGUAAAAAAGUACUUUGUGACGUCACCCUGGAUGAUCAUCAAGAUCAGGAAAAGGAUGAAAUCGUCGCUGGAGAUCAUCAUAAGAUAACUGACGCUAGACAGCUGAAUAAUACUGUGAUUUUCCUGGACGUCGAGCCCAAGUAUCAGGACAACUCCAAUCUCCCUGUUGUAGAGGUUAGCAAUAACAAGGAAUCGUGGGAAUACUACCAGCUCUUCCCUGAAGGUAGACUAUACGUCAAAGAACACUACAAGUACAUCAGAUUGGAAAACUCUGACGACAUAGUCCUAGUCAAGAGACAAACAGAUAACAGUACUGAAAGCAAUUCAUUAACAACUGAAUCUACAACAAAAAAGGACGAGCAUUCGAUGAUAACGACAAUAUCAUCAACGACAUCGACAACUACAACAGUGGUACCAAAUAAAAGUACAAAAGGUUGUACUUACAAGGGGAAGAAAUUUGCUGACCAAGAAACGUACAAUGACAAUUGUGAAUCGUUGUGUAUGUGUCGUGAUGGUGAAAUGAACUGUUUGAAACUGGAGUGUCCAACUUAUUUUGGCGUGGAUGUGUUGGAUCCUGGAUGUAUUGAAUGGGAGACAGUACCGCCAAAUUUCCAACCAUCUGCUCCAAAUUGCUGUCCAGAGCAAAUCAGGUGUAAAAACAACGGAUCCUGCUUACACGAAGACAAAUUAUACAAGAACUGGGAACAAUUGCCUAUAAAUGUCACAGGAUGUGAAAAACGGUGUUACUGCGAAAUGGGUAAUGUAGAAUGUCAACCUACAUGUCCUCCUGUCACAGCCCUGCCACCACCUAACUUAGCCUGUUCAUCAAGGGAGGCAUCCCUUCAACACAUCCCUGAUGACGAUUGCUGCAUGUAUUGGGUAUGUCCCGAUCCCAAAAAUCAAGCCACAACUGGACGACCUGAUACUGACAAAACCCGACAGAACCAAACAAGAACAAAUAAUAAUAUACCAAAGCCGAACAAAAACAUAUUUGCUGACAAAACUCCAAAUAAAAUUCUUGGUCCUCUCAGUGUAUAUGCUAACCAGGAAAAUUCCUCGGUUAACGUGAUAGAUCAACACGAAAAUCCAUUCUACAAAUUCCGUGAGAAACCCAAAUUUCCACCAGUCAAUAAAAACCAAGUCUUUGUUCGUCCACAUCAACCUAUUGUUCCAAUUAUACCAAACCAAAAUAAUCUUCCUGUCCCUCCUCACCAGAUGGAGGUAAAUGAUCCAGAUUUGUUACACUUUCUUCAAGAGCAUCCAGAAAUAUCCAAUCUUCCUCACGGUUCUGUCGUGGAGAUUCAUUCUUUACCUCAGGACCAUCCAAAAAAUCCAUUUAUAAAUGUGAACGAUGUUAUAAGUCCUUUGCAAACAACUCCGAUAAGUCAUAAUCACCCUCAUGCCGUUCCUACUGACAUAUCUCUUGAAGAAAUAUUGGAGGAACUCCAUAAAAACAUCAAUCCUUACAGACAAAAUUCUUUGCCUCCCUCGUAUACACAUUCUCAUCCUCAUUCGGGACCAGAUUUGGACACCAGUGGCAGUAAAAAUACGAACAAGACUACUAAAGUUAGACCUCAAGAAACCUUCAACAACCAUUAUCCAGAUGACUACGGUUUGAACCAACCCCACGACGACAUCACUGUCCAUUCUUUGGAAGCAGUGGAUCCACACACAAUUAGACUGGCUUUCAUGGUACCUCCUGUCAUUGUAGGCCUACAUGGAAGGGUUGAAGUGCGCUACACUCACAAAGAUAAUGACGACGUGAGCAGCUGGGAGCUGCAAGUUUUUGCUCCUCCAAAUGAUCUCAUCGCUACUCCAUCUUUAGAAUUCGAUCUCCUGGAUCUUUUACCGGAUAAAGAAUAUAAGAUAAAGAUCACGAUCACUCUAAGAGAUCUACACAAUACGCCAUCAUCAAGAAUCUACAAGAUCAGAACUCCCAAAGAAGUCCAAACUACUCUGCCUCCUCAAAUUCCUAUUGAGCCUGAUCUGGAGAUAUCUGACAUUAACUCCACCUGGGUCACAAUUUCUUGGAGGAAAUUCACUGAAUACGAGUUACAGUUUAUUGAUGGCGUACAACUGAGAUACAAAAUGACAGAAGGAAAGAUUUACACAGCCACACCUUUGAUACACAGGGCUGUAACAAUGUACACUUUGGAAAAUUUGAAACCCAACACCAAGUACGAGAUUGGAAUCUUCUUUAUACCAUUCCCAGGUCAACAUACAGAGCUAAUGGCAGAGCACAUGCUACAAUUUACUACAGCAAACGAAGUGGAUACGUAUGGUUUCAAUGUAGCACUGGAGAUCCCUCUGAUUAAGUCUACCAGUGUAGAGAUAUCAUGGAGUGGAGUGCCAUAUCCUGAAGAUAAAUACGUCAAUAUCUACAGGGCCAUCUAUCAAAGUGAUUCAGGUAAAGAAGACCAGAACACCUUCAAAAUAGCCAAAAGAGAUUCACCUACCAAGACUAUCAUCACUGAUCUCAAACCUGGAACAAGAUAUAGGCUUUGGUUGGAGGUUUACCUAACCAAUGGCAAGAUAAAAACGAGUAACGUCCAAGAGUUCGUGACCAAACCCAGAGCUGCACCUGCUUUGGGUGCGUCUGUUGAAAAAGAACUGAGAUCAGACUUCGUAGACACUGCGCGCAGUGAUUACUACGGUCCGCUCGUUAUCGUCGCCAUAUUGGCCGCCAUAGCCAUUCUCAGCACUCUGAUCUUGUUGCUGAUCUUGGUGAGGCGGCACAACCAGAACAAAGCAGCCAUCACGCCGCCAUCUGCAAGGAUAAGCCAAUCGGCUUACGACAACCCUACCUACAAAGUUGAAAUACAACAAGAAACAAUGGGAUUAUGAGACAAGAUGGCCAACCUUCAAACGAAAACCUCCCCUGUACAUAUUAUAAAUAAGUAUUUAAUUUUAAGUUAACGUUGUUUUAGAUAUUGUUCAAAGUGUACUUAACUAAACAGUAUUCCAAUUGUAAUAUACGAAAAAGAGAUACCUAUAUUUUUUAAUAAUAAAAC